AGAGAAGCAGUAUAUCUACGUAGAAAAGAAAAUGACAUGGACUGAAGCACUUGAUUUUUGCGAACGGAAUAAUUCAGUGCUGUCUGCCCUCAGCCACAAAGAUGUAACAUCUAUAAGGACGUGUAACCAAAGCACUGAAAAAUUAUGGACAAGUUCUUAUGUAUAUGCAACCCCUUAUAUAUCAAUAAAAGGUUGCUUCCGAAAUACAACAAGCUUAAACUUCUCAAGUUUAGUUAAUCCCUCAAUACUGGAUUGUCAUGAUAUGUGUUCCUCUUCAUCUUUGUUUGCUGUCAUGGAUAAGGAAUGUGCUUGUCCAGACGAUAUCGAGAGUUCCAUGGAGACGGUAGAUGCCAAUUUAUGUGGCAUUCCAUGUGAUGGUACAUUUUUCUGUGGAGGGAAAGACACCAUGAAUGUGUACUCUGUCGUUGAAGACUUUAUCAAUAGAAUACAAUACAAAACAAACCAAGACUUCACUUCUUGUAUGUCAUACCAGUGUUUAAAAAACGAAUAUCUCUUCAAGGAGGUGGACUGCAGCUUUGAAAAUGUUACAGAGGUAGCUUGUAGUACUUUUUUUUCUUGCACAUUUGAGCUUGGUGAUCCAUGUUUCCUCUUUCAAGCAAAAAACGAUGACCUUGAUUGGACAAUUACUUUAGGCAACACAACAAUUGGACCACAGAAAGCUUAUCAAGGGUCAAAUUAUGCAUUUGUUAACGACAGCAGUGGUGACUAUACAUCAGAAAGGCGAGCAAUUCUUAGGUCAAAUAUAGACUUUCCUGACUUCAAAGAAAGUGACUGGUGUCUACGGUAUUGGAUCUAUCUCCAGAAUACUAUUGGUGUACGCUUACAACUUUACACCAAAAACUCUGGUGUAGUAAAAUCGUUCGGAAAUGUUUUUUCCAACAUGCAAAAUGAAGAAUGGAAUUAUACUGAAGUUGAUAUCCAGGUUCAAAAAAAUGAUAUUAUUUUCUUUGAGUCAGUUGGAGGUGAUAAUGGAGCACAAUCAGCACAUGUUGCAGUAGAUGACAUUACGCUUAUUAAAGGAAAAUGCAGUAAGAUUUUAGAUGUGAACGAUGUAAACAAGAAAACAGAAUGCAUCGAUGAAGCAAUUUCGACUCGAUAUCGUUCAACAUUGCGAUGUCAACAAGAAAAAAGAAUAAAAUGGUGACAGAUUUCCACUUGAUAUAGCUUAACACCAAGAGAUAAUCAAAGAUAUUGCCAAACAUUGCUUUACCGGGUAUUAACAAUUUAA